AUGACUUGUAAGAAGUGUUGUGAAGUCAGGACAAAGUACAAGAGAAGCAGGAAACAGGAGGAUAUGAGGAAGGCAGGAAGGGUGGUCACGUGUCGGGGCAGUUCUUAUUGCUGCCGCGGGGGGCGUUCUACGCUGGCGGUGUGUGCUCAGGGUUAUCUGUAUCAUCUUAGGAGGAACAUUAGGCAGAUGGUGCCGAGCAGCUGGACGAUCACUGGGAGAAGAUGGAGACUCUGGCUGGAUGUGUAUAAUCUAAAGGAGGAUGCUGCUGCUUUUGUGGGCAAACGUGCCCUUAUUUCCUUCCUGUCAUGGCUGGACUAUUGUGAUCAGCUCAUCAAAGAGGCUCAGAAGACGGCUGCUGCAGUUCUGGCCCGGACCGUGAGAGAGCGCUUCUUUGUUACAGUAAUGGAGCCUCAGCUCAUGCAAACCUCAGAGGUUGGAAUUCUGACUUCCACGGCCCUGUUAAACAGGAUCAUCAGACAGGUGACGUCAGAAGCCCUACUUCAGGAGACCAUUUACUUCCUGUUGGGAGAGGGAACGGGGCCAGAGACACUAGCUGGCAUUACCCAGCAUCCCCUGAGACACAGACUCAUAGAACAUUGUGACCACUUGUCAGAUGAGAUAAGCAUCAUGACUCUACGGCUCUUUGAGCAUCUGCUGCAGAAACCAUGUCAGCACAUUUUGCAGAACCUGGUGCUGCGCUGCUUGGAAGAGCGCAACUACAUGGAGAACAAACAGCCGGAGGAACGAGAGGAGCGCGAGCACAUGGAGAACGGCCAACCACAUGACGCCGUAGAUCUGGAAGAAGACCCGCUGUUCUCAGAUCUUUCACCUGAUAACAGAAUCUCCAGCCCUGAUUGGUUAAGCUGCUCUCCGCCACCAAGCACAGAACAUGCAAAGCCUGAUGGGAAGACGGAGGUUCACAAAAUAGUUAACAGCUUCCUGUGUUUGGUCCCUGAUGAGGCCAAAUCGUCCAAUCAGGUUGAGGGCACAGGCUAUGACACCUACUUGAGAGAUGCACACAGACAGUUUCGGGACUAUUGUGGAGUUUGUCAGAAGUGGGACUGGCGCAGCAGUCCAAAACCCUUUGAGAAGUGUAAUCUGGACAGUCCUUUUUUCGAAGGACACUUCCUCAAAGUGUUGUUUGACAGAAUGGGGCGAAUCCUCGAUCAGCCGUAUGAUGUAAACCUGCAGGUGACGUCUGUGUUGUCUAAGCUGUCUCUGCUGCCUCACGCUCAUCUUCAUGAGUUCCUGCUGGACCCGUACAUUAACCUGGCGCCGGGCUGCAGGUCUCUCUUCUCGGUCAUCGUCAGGGUGGUUGGCGAUCUGAUGUUGCGAACUCACCGCAUCCCUGAGUUCACCCCUAAACUCCUCCUGGUGAGGAAGAGACUGCUGGGACUAGAGCCAGAGGGCAUGAGCGUUGAUCAUGUGACUUUGCUCGAGGGGGUUAUUGUUCUGGAGGAAUUCUGCAAAGAGCUCGCGGCUAUCGCUUUUGUGAAGUUCCAUGCGUCCGCCUCCACUUCCCCCUAAUCUUGGUUGUGCGGCGGACACAAACAGAUGAAUAAACAGACGAAAGGGGGCGGAUGACACAGGAACGACAAACCCAACUGUACUCAUCCCUCGGCGCAGACUGCUCCCUACGGCAGGACUCGCAUUCAAGGAUGCUUCAUUCGUGUUAUCUCUGGGAUGUUUCCAUAACUAUGACCGAGCGUUCUGUUUUAAAGGCACCGAAGAGCAGAGUUUCAAAAAGAGAUUGUGACUCUCGUGGAACAGCCCAUGUGGAAGGAGGGAGAGGAUUUUGAAGCAUUCAUAUGGAAAGAAAAGAAACUGUAACUUCCGAAAGAAUGGUAAUGCCAAAAAAUUAUGUUCAAAAGUAGAAAAAAAAGGAAUUGACUUAAAUUUGAUUCAAAUUAAUGAAAUAUUUAAUUAAUGAUUAUUGUUUGUCAUUUGCAGUAUCAAAGAUACUGUCAUCUGUUCUCUGUUCUUCAAAGGAAAAAUAGUGUGAAUACAAAUGUCAAGUUAAUUUGUAAUGAAACAUUGCAAUAACUCAGGAUUCAAAGUCUAGGUGUUUUUAAAUAAUUGGAGAACUAGACAACGAGCAACGUUUUUAAACCAAUCCUCUCUUUUUCUUUUUCUUUCCGGCCGGUGCACUUUUCUUUUAAAGCGAACCGGAAGCAAUGCGAACUGGAUUGAUUUGAGACUGGGCACAUUUUGCACUCAAACCAGUUUUCACUGGUGCAUUUCCAGAGAGCUGUUCAUCAUUUACGUUCCCGACAGUGUUCCCAAACCAUUUAAGUUGUUUAUCUUGACAUGUUAUGUGUGUGUGCCUUGGUGCCAGCUAGACAGUAGCUGUGUCUUUCACCCUGUAUCAUCAUGUAUUUAUUAUUGAUUUAAAAAUAGUUUUAAAUGAGUAGUUCA